GGGAGAGAGCCAAUUCGGGUUUAGGAAAGGAAGAAGAGUGAUAGACGCAGUGUAUAUAUUGAACCACGUAAUAGACAAACAAUUGAGCGGAGAAAGAUGGAAACAAUAUGCAUGCUUCGCGGAUUUAAAGGCAGCAUUUGAUAGGGUUAGCAGGAAAAAGCUGGGGGAGAUAAUAAGGAGAAUGGGGGUUAACGAGAAGUUAAUCAGAAGGAUAGAGGAGAUAUACGAAGAAACAAGGAACGUAGUGAGGACCAGGAACCAUAACACAAAAGAGUUUUGGACAGUGAGGGGAUUAAGACAAGGGUGCCCGUUGAGCCCAACACUAUUUAACAUCUAUAUGGCAGGGCUGGAAGAGAAAAUAAGGAAAGGUCAAGUAGGAAGCAUAGUGGUAGGAGACAGAAAAGUAUGAUCACUAUCAUAUGCAGAUGAUAUUGUAUUGAAGGCGGACAAAGAAGAGGAAUUAAAGGAAAUGCUGAAGAGAUUUAAAACAUUCCUAGAGGAAGCGGAACUGGAAUUAAGCACGGAAAAGACUAAAGUAGUAGUGCUUGAAAAGAGAAGGAACAAUAGGAGACAAAGAAAAUGGAGAUGGGAUGAGCAAGAACUAGAAGAAGUGGACGAGAUAAGAUAUUUAGGGUACAUACUGCAGAAAAAUGGAAGUGAUGAGAAGCAUAUUCAAGACAGAAAAAAGAAUGCAACAAUAGCGAUGAAAAAGACAUGCAGCGUAGGAGAAAGGAUAUUUAAGUGGGACUACAAGAGGAGAAUGAGGAUGUUUGGAGCACUGGUAGAGAGUGUGGUGCUGUUUGAAGCGGAGGUGUGGGGAUGGAACAUAGAAGAGAGAUUAGACAGAAUAUAAAGGAGAUAUGUGAAAUGGAUUCUAGGCUUGGACAUAACAACGCCGAAUUACAUUUUGAUAGAGGAGUGCAAGAUAGAGGAAAUAAGAGAGAAGGCACUGAAAAGAGCAGUGAUAUAUGAGGAGAAAGCCUUAGAAUCAAAGAAGGAAUUAGUAAAGGAGUGUAUAAAGGAGAGAGAAAGGAAUUGGGGAAAGGGUCAAGAAGGGAAAAGGGCAAGAAAAAGA